GGCAAAGCAAAAGCCACCUCCGACGGUUCGACCUCACGCGUUUCUCGAGGAAGACACUCCGUCUCUUCCUUUCCUGCUAUCCCCGAUCACUUAAUCGGGGACGCUAUGACGGAUGAAGAAUUCGACCAGAUUUAUUCUGGUAGAGGUGACGGAAAUCUCCCCACUUUUGAUAGUGUAUUCGAAGAUGUUGAUGAAGCACAUCUGGAUAAUCUGGACGGGGACGAGGAGCCUACACCGCAGAUCAACGACGUCGGCGUGGAGGCAGAAUGGAAAAAAGAAAGAGAUAAUGCUGUAACUUUUUUUGAGAAUUUGUUUGAGGAAUAUCAGGGGUUAUACGGCACUGUACAAGAAGAAGCAGCACCACCUCCACCUCCGAAAUCAAAAAAAGGUUUUGCCGGAAUAGUCGGUGGUCUUCUUGCAAAGAGAGGGAAGCGUGCUCAUUCUUCGACGAGUUCAAGUGGUACAACAGUAAGCUCGCACAACGAAAUUGCUAUGUACCAGGGUGUGCCAUGCGAUUACGACGACGACGACGUGGAUUUUGAUGUGCUCGGAUGGUGGAAGCGGAACAAACACAUGUUCCCAUGUCUCGGCAUGCUAGCAAGACAAGUGUUAUCCGUUCCGAUAUCAACCGUAGUAGUUGAACGAGAAUUCAGUGCUAGCGGCAACAUUCUAACCGACUUUCGAAGUUGUCUUAGCGCUGAAUCUCUUGAAACACUGGUUUGCAACCAAGAUUGGCUCUUGGCAAGACGUCGAGCUCAAGAGUCAUCGUACCUACUCGAAUCGGAGCAUUACAUGAAUGCAACAACAGAUGGAAGUCCGAGUUCUGAAGAAUAA